CCUCGUUACCGGAGGUAAGUUGCGAGUUUAUGCACAUUACCUAAGAAUAUCCUAUGCGUACCUAAGGUAUGUGACAUGGUAACGAGGGGAUACAUAUUACCCACCACCCACUCAUCUUAAGACAUUGAUCGAUAUAAGACAGACCAAUUCCUACGACCGUUCGUAUAAAAUCACGUUUACAAUGGCUGAGACAUCGACCUCAACCUCGACUCCGACUCCGACUUCGACUUCGACUCCAGGCCCCGCAUCAUCACCACAAUCCCCAUUCCCACUACCUCGUAUCACCAUUCGAUUCUGUACACAAUGUAAAUGGAUGUUGAGAGCCGCAUACUUCGCGCAAGAGCUCCUCUCAACCUUCUCGACCUCCCUCGGCGAAGUAGCCCUGCAGCCCUCCACGGGCGGAACCUUCGUCGUCGAGAUAUUCUUCCAGCAGCCCAACGCCGCCACCAACACCAAUUCCCCUCCCACCACACAGCAGCGCGUCCUCUGGGACCGCAAGACCGACGGCGGCUUCCCCGAGACCAAGGAGCUGAAGCGGCGGGUCCGCGACGCCAUCGAGCCCGGCCGGGACCUCGGUCACGUCGACAAGGACCACUCGUCUAGCAAGACGAAGACCGCACAAGAAGGUACAACGGGAACUGCGGCCGCUGCUCCGUCCAAAGCCGAGGACGAAAAUGUCCUCGGCUUAAAUACCCACCCGGGAGAAACCAUCGGCGGCCCGACGUGUAAGCCGGGCGUCGAGAGCGCGCGGACGAACGCCCUGACGCAGGAGGAGUGCGAAGACUGCAAAUGAACGUACCUCAUACCUCAUACCUCAUACCUCUUAACUCAACCCUCGGUCCUCAUACCUUCCUCCUCCUCACUGCCGUCACGUCUAGAUCUCCUGUGGAUUGGGCU